GGUCAGACUGCCACCGAAUCGAUGUUUUCUUUUGUUUCAAACCACAAAAUUAAUAUGUAAAACAAACAAUUUGGCUAGAGAAAUAUGACUAAUCGAUGCAGUACAGUGAAGUGCAAUAGAAACGCUUAGAUCUUGGACAAAUGCCAUGUCAAUUCAGUGGAAAUAACUCAAUUUCAUCUGUGUAGUAUAUAUAUUUUUUCGUGUGCUACAAGAAAUUUUCUCGGCCCGUUUCGGGGACGCAUGAAAAAUGGCGGCGUCCUCAGCUACGGCUGCAGCGGCGACCACAAUCCCAACAGAGGCAAUAACGGAGGAAUGUAAAGAUGAGGAUGCUCUAAGCACUACACUGCAUUCGUGUGCAAAUGAUCCUGAUUUUGCAGUGAUUUGUGCGUUUUUGCAAAAAUUCGCCAAAGAUUUGGGCCUGAUUUUGCCGAAUUUUAAGCAUUUGCAGGAGUGGUUGACAAACAACGAUGAAGUUCCUGAACUGAAGGAUUUGCAUAUCAAACUCCUGCGAAAGACACGCAAAACGGUGCAUGAGAAGAACUGGGAAUCGGCUCUCAGUAAAUUCUGUUUCGGAUACUCGCUCCAAGAUGCUUGGGAAAUCGAACGUUUUGGCUACAAAAACUCCAGCCUAAAAGUCAAACUAAGGAUUUUUCGGGAACUCCUGGAGAGCCAGUUCGAGCGCAAUGUCAAAUUCCGCGCCCACAUACUCACGCAGAAUUCGAAUACCCUGCGCUCGGAGCCCAUUGGUCGUGAUCGACUGGGGCAUGCCUACUGGUUGACCCAGGACGAUGACUGCAAUCUGCGCAUCUAUCAGGAGCACCUAGAUGAGGAAAUCUGGCAGGUGGUGGCCACCAAUAGGGAUGAAUUCGUGAAUCUUAUAGCCAGGCUGCGUGGCAAUGAGGUGGUGCUGCCCUCCAAGGAUAUUGGCGAGGCGGAUGAAGAUACGAGCAGCAGUAAUAGUUGCCCCGCUAAGCCACCACCACCCGAAGAAAAGGAAGAAGAGGAUGACGACGACGAAGAUGAGGGAGAGGAUGAGGAUGAGCAGCAGCCAGAGCCACAAAUCAAGGAGGAGCCAGCGAAAUUGGUGCCCAAUUUGAAGAUCAAACUGCGCUCACCCGAUCAAGACGAACAAAAGGCCAAAAGGGUCAAGCCACUGUUCAUCACACAAACAAAACUGGGAGGCAGCUGCUCGCCGGCUCCGGCCAAGAAACGUUCCAUUGAAGAGGUGGACAGCAGUCCCACAGAAUCGGUGGAGGAGCAGCAAAAGAAACACCGACCCACGUUGUUGGACAUCAAACGCAUCAAGAAACCAAGCCGCUACGAAAGCACAAAGGAUGAAAACGAUGCCGAAUCUGGCGAGGAGGAGGAGGAAGAUGACGAGGAUUCGGAACUCGAUGAAGCGGAAGAAGAGGAGGGCAGUGGAGACGAUGAUGAUGAGGAGGAUGACGACGAUAUUGACAGUGCGGCAGCAGACAUCGAAGAGGAUGAUGAGGAGGCAGAUGACGAAGUGGGCGAAGCCAUUGAAGAGCCCACCAUGACGGUGAGUGGGCAGGGAUCAGGCAGCGACUGUGAUGCCGCUGAUGGCAAUUUCCUAAGCAAUUUCGAUCAAGAAACGAACGCCAAUGAACUGGAGCCGAGUGAAGCCAUAGAGGAGGCUGUCAUCCAUGUGUUUGGCAUGGGCAACGGCGCCGAAUGUCUAGUGGGCAAUGGCAAAAACGAAGCUUCUGCGGAAGAGGCAGCAGCGGCGACGACAGCAGCAGCACCUACACAUUCAGAGCCAAAGGCCACAUUCUUUUUUGGCGAGCCCGGCUGCCUGAAGCUGAGUCCCAUUAAGCAAACACCAAAGCAGGAAGCGAAACGAAGUAUUUUCGAUAGUCUAAACGAGGAGAAGACCAACGGUGACAGUGGCACCCGAGAAGGCACACCGCCACGCAAUGGCAGUGACCUCAAGGAGGAGCCACAAAGCCACCAGCAAGAGGCAGCUACCAAAACAGGCAACGAAACAAAAGAAAUCUCACCAGAAGCAGGGCAAAAGAAAGCCCAGCAAGCAACCAGCACAGAACAGCCAGAAUACCAGAUCAAAGUGAUUGAAACGAAUCAGAAAAUCUCCCAACUUAUUGAAGAAAAUGAUACAAAACUCAAAGAUGAUAUUAAAGAAGGCAAAGCGAAUUAUAUACAGGAAAAAGAGUUUGAAAAUCACUCAAAAAGUGAGUCAAAUUUAGAGGAAGAAGCUGCGGCAUGCAGCGAGGGAUCUGUGACAGCAACUAAGAGUCCCAAGGGCAGCUCAAAAGCUACAGAAAUCAAAGUAGAACCAAAGGAAACUCAAGCUAAAGCAGGCGUCAAUGACAAUAGGCCAGUUCCGGUCGAAAUUGAAGCUUCCAAUGUCGUUAAAGCUUUGAAUACCGACAAGGAAUCGACUAAAAGUAGUUCGGAAAAUGCUAAAAGCGGUCCUGAAAAAGGUGGAAGCAGUUCUGAAUCAACUAAAAGCAGUUCGGAAUCGACUAAAAGCAGUUCUGAAUCGACUAAAACCAGUUCUGAAUCGACUAAAAGCAAUUCGGAAUCGCCUGAAACGAUAAAAAGCAGUCUUGAUACGGUUAAAGGCAUUUCUGAAACGGUAAUAAGCAGUUCUGAAACGUUUAAGAGCAGUUCUGACUCCAUUCAAAUCAAUUCUGAAACGAUUAAGAACUGUCCGAAUGCAAUUUCGAUUGAAACGGAACAAAACAAAGCGAUUCAAAUCCAAACUGAAGCCAUGAAGGGUGAAAAACCUGUUGCAAAAGAUUGUGAGUCUGCUAAUAGUGAUUUGAAAACAUUUCUGGACGACUCAAAGAAGUUUUCAGAUGAUUCCAAAGACAAGCCAAUAAGCGAGAAGAACCCUGCUGCCACUCCAGCCACAAACAUGAUCAAAACCGAUACUGAAAAGGUUCUAAAAGCUAAGGAAUUGUCACCCGAACCGGUUAAGGCAUUGGUUGUUGAUUCUCCUCCACUAAAAAGCAGUAAAUCGUUUCCAAACGAUAACUCCACAAUGCCGCCCAAGGAGCAGCCUAAGGUCGUCAUUGAAGCGGUUACUGUUCCCAACGAGCAGCCUAAAAUCAUCGCGGAAGCGGCUGUUCUUCCUAAAGAGCUGCAUACGAUCGUCGCCGAAGCCGUUAUUCUUCCCAACGAGCAGCCUAAAGCCGCAGCCCAAGUUCUUCCGAAAGCGCAGCCUAAAGCCAUCACCGAAGCUGUAAUUCUUCUCAACGAGCAGGCUAAGCCCGUUGAUGUACCGUUUACAGCCGAAAAGAAGUUCGAAACUAGCAAUAAUGGCUCUCAAAUUAAAGACAAGCCAUUGGGAAAUGUACAACACGAUUUGCCCAGCACUUCCAAGGCUGUAGUUGCCAAAGACAACGGCGAAAAGCAGGAGAAUGAAGCCAAAUCCAGCCAAAUGAAAGCUCCAGCUGUAGAAUCUGUACAUCAAUUCGACGUACCAAUGAACAUAAACGCCACAGCGAGUGAAUACCCGAAGCCCGCAUCGAUACUGCCCAAUCGCAAGCGUCGCCUCAAUGACUUUGUGACCGCACCCGCGCGACAAUCAACCUCCGAGAGCGAAGUGGAUGCGCAGCCGCACGAGGAGGAGAUCGAAGAGGCACUGGACGAUCUGGAUGUGGGGGGAAAGCGCAUUAAGAUGCGUCCCAAGACCUCAAAUGUGGAGGCGCGUCGCAAAGUUGAGGCACAGAAGACACAGGUCGAGGAGACGACCUCCUCCAGCGGCGAAGAAGAUCCACGAAGUCGACGCAAGAUUAUUGCGCCCAAGAGGCACUUGGAGAAGGCGCCCGUGACCAAGCAGAAGCCAACGCUAGCCGAGAUUAUCGAGAAGAAGCUGAAGAAAACGCCCGAAAAGUUGCCCGACUUUAUGACCGAAAAGUUGCCAGAAAAGGAGCCUGAAAAGAUGCCCGAGCAGCCCACAGAACCAACGCCAAAUGUGUCUCUGCCGCCACCUCCUCCCAGAGAAGCCACGCCCCCCGCCCCAUCCUUCAGUCAUCCGAAGAAAUCGCCAAUAACAAAGCCAUUGAAGAAGAACCUGCUCACGCAGCUGCGACAGGAGGAGAGCGACGAGGAGGCCGUACCCAGGAAGCGCACAAACAGUGAGACGGUGGCGCUCACCCCAGCGCCGGCAGCGCCGCCUGCUGUCCUGGAGGAGCGUCAGCGCAAGCGACGCAGCAGUGAAGAUGCCAAGGAUUCCAAGGAAUCGUCGUGCAACGAGGCACCGCCGGCAGUUAGCGAGAAGCUUAAGCGCAACAACGAGCAGGAUAUCGUCGAAGAAGAGGAUCAGGCGAUUUCUCUAACCAAGGACAAGGCUGUGCUGUCAGCACCAACCAAGGAACAGCUUCCAUCGCCUGCUCUUUCAAUCAGUGAGAAGAUUGUGCCCGAAUCAUCCACCAAGCAGAAGGACCCUUCACCGCCACCAGCCAUGGAGAGGCUUUUGAUGCUGCCACCUACUAAAGAGAAGUCCCCAGCAGGCAAGGGGAGAUCCAUACCAAUCAAGGACAGGUCUCCACCAGCCAAGGAUAAGUCUCCGGCAGGAAUUUCCAUCAUUGAGAGAUCUCCGACGGCACUUUCCUUCAAUGAGAAGUCGCCUGCUACGAAAGAUGCUUUGCCGUCUCCAUCCAAACAGAAGGCUUCGUCGCCGCCUGCAUCUAAGGAAAAGGCUGCGUGUCCGCCUCUAAUAAAGGAGAAGGCACUGCCACCCGCCAAGGAGCUGUCGCUGUCACCGUCGCCAAUAAAAGAAAAGAUUCCUGCGGCAAUUCCAAUCACAGAUAAGACUCCACCAGCCAAGGAGAAGACUCCAGUGGCACCACCAGCCAAGGAGAAGACUCCAGUGCCACCAGCUGUCAAGGAGCAGCCUCCAAUGGCACCUCCUGCUAAGGAAAAGUCUCCAGUUGCACCAUCAACAAUGGUGAUGGCUCCUCCAUCGGUACCGCCAGUCAAGGAGAGGUCGCCAUCCCCAGCGCAAGGGAAAGAGAAGACUCCAGUGCCAGUGGAAGUCAAAGAAAUAUCUCCAGUGCCAGUGCGGGUCAAAGAGAAGACUGUAUCGCCGCCCCAGGCCAAACAGAAGGCAUCAGCACCACCUGAAAGCCUUCCAGUCAAAGAAUCAACUCCGCCGCUACCCUCGAAGGACACCUCAUCCCCACCCGAAAGCUCUGCGCGUCGUUCCGGUCGUCGGGGUGGUGCGGCAGUCGUUUAUUCCGAACUGCCGCAACCCAAACGAACGCGCGGCGGACCCAAGGAGAAGCUCAUGCCAGAAGCAAAGGCUGAGGUGAAGCAUGAAACCAGUGAGGAAGAGGAGGAGGAGGACACUGAGGAACCACCCACCAAAGUGGCAACCAAAUUGAAGGCUCAAAUAAAAACAGAAACUGCAGCGAAGAAGGAGGAAACGCCCCAGAAGAAACCACACAAAGAGGAAGAACCUCUAACGAAGAAACCCCUCAAGGAGGAGGAAACGCCCUUCAAGGAGGAGGAGCCUCUCCAACCGAAACAGCCAUCCAAAGAGGAACCUCUGGCAGAGCCAGAGGAGCCCUUGGAUGAGGAAUCCAUCAGCGAAGUUAGCGCAGCCAAGGAAGAGCAGCCCGCAAAACCCGUGGGACGUGGCCGUGGUCCGCGCAAGAAGCGCGAGGUGGACACCACAAACAUCAUUGAGUGCGUGGACUCUGAGACGCCAGUGCGUCAGUCGCGCCGGAUUGCACAGCAGAAGAUCAAGGAGGAGGCCGAGCGACGCAAGCAGGAGGAGGUGGCGCUGCGUUCCAUGAAGCAGGAGCUCAAAAAGAAGAAAAAGGCACAGAAGGAGCAGGAUCCCACAGUGCCAGAGCCAACGCGGAGCGAGGAGGAAGAGGAAGCCGAGUCAUCCGAGGCCAGCGAGGCGGAGGAGGCUAAAAAGAAGAAAAAGAAGCUGCCGGGCAAAGAUGGCUGGUCCUCGGACUCGGAUCAACAAGCGGACAGCGAAGAGGAGGAAGAAGAACCUCCGCAUUACGACACAGAUCCAGGAUCUCCGCUCUUCCGCUCGGAUCACGAGUUCUCCCCGGAAUCCGAGCUGGAAGAUGAGUCGCAGGUGGUGCCCAUGAAGCGUGCACGCACGGUGCGCAAAGAGAACGAGGAGGACUACGAUGCGGAUGAGGCAUGCAACGAGUGCGGCAAGUCGGAUCAUCCCGAAUGGAUACUCCUCUGCGAUACGCCCAACUGCAACAAGGGCUAUCACUGCUCCUGCCUGUCGCCGGUGCUGUUCUACAUACCCGAGGGCGACUGGCACUGUCCGCCCUGCCAGCAGGAGCACCUCAUUGUGGCCCUGGAGCAGCAGCUGCAGCGCUUCGACCAGAUGGUGGCGCACAAGCAGCAGGAAAAACGUCUGGCCGAGGUGGCAGAGCGCGAGCGACAGGAGCGUGAGGCCGUCAAGCUGGCGGAGGAUCGUGAGGCGUCCAAGGCGGAGCGCCAUGAGGAUGACGACGACGACGAUGAUGAUCGCGACGAGGUGGCCAGCAAGCAGAGCAAAGCGGACAAACCGAAGAGACGUCGCGGCGACGGGCGCAGCAAUCGCAAGGCAGCCAAACGCGGCACCAGACGUCGACGCGGCGGCGACUCGGACAGCAGCAGCGGCGGCGGCGGUGGCAAGAGCCAGUCUGGGGGCAGUGCCUCCGGCUCUGGUUCGAGCAGCAACAGCAGCAGCUUCUCGGACUCGGACGAUGAGCCCAUCUACAAGCUGCGCAAGCGACGGCAGAUCAAUGUCAGCUAUCGCCUCAACGAGUACGAUGAUCUGAUCAAUUCGGCGCUCAAAAAGGAAAUGGAUGAGGUCGCGGGUGCGGGCAAUCUGGGCCGUGGCAAGGACAUAUCCACCAUUAUCGAGGCGGACAAGGAGAAGGCACGUCGCGACGAUGUGCCCGAGGAUGAGGAGCAGCCCGAGGAGCGUCCGCCUUCCGUUGUAAAUGAAGAACAACCAACGAAAUUUAGCAGCAGCUCAGACGACGACGACGAGGUGCCGCUGAAGCGCAGCAAAACGAAGCAGCCGCCAGCGAAAAAGAAGCCACGAAAGCUGACCACGCUGGAUGUUAGCUCCGAGGAGGAUCAUGGCAGCGAUGAGGACUUCAAGACGUCCAGUUACAGCGAUGAGGACACCUCACAGUCUGCCUCCGAUGACUCGGACUCCAGUCUGGAGGUCUACAGACGGCCGGGCCGUGGCAAGAAGCAGCGCAAGGCGGCCCGAAGAGCCGCCCGAGAGCGUCGCAAGGAUCGCAAGUUCGUGGUGGAGGAGAGCGACGAAAGCGAGGAGGAGCAAAAGAAGCCCAAAUCCAAGAAGAAGAAGAAGGAGGACUCCGAUUACACGGAAACCGAAACGGAUGACGACGAGGACGCUGGGUCCGAGUUGACCGAGAACAUGGACAGUGCGGAUCUGUGCGAUGAUACGACAAGCGAGAGCGAGGAUGGCGCCUGGCAUCCAUCGAAAAAGAAGAAAACGAACAACAAAAAGUGCAGCUCGGCCGCGGGCAUAGCAAGGAAGUCGCCAAAGCUCAAGAAGCCCGCGCAGCCGGCCAAGAAACCGAAACGUUUGGAGUACUCCGAUGAUGAUAUCAGCGAAAGCGAGCCGGAGGAGGAGGAUGAGGACGAUGACGAGGGUGCACCGACCUCGGGCAAGGGUUCGGGCAAGCAGCCACGCUCGCAGCCACUCAAACCGAGCGCCUCCACCGCACAGACGGGCAAGGGCAAAGGAAAGUCCAAGAAGAAGAAGCCGCCGUCGUCGGAGGAGGACGAGGGCGCCGCUUCGGAUGAGCGGACACGCACGCGAGGUCGUCGCUACGCCUACAUCGAGGACUUUGAUGACGACAGCUCGGAUGGCGGCAUCAAGCCGGGCGUCCAUCGGCCCGACACGCCGCCCGAGGAGCGACAAAAGUUCAUCCAAAAGCAGGAGGAGAUCAAACGAAUGCUGGCGGAAAAGAACGCAGAAGGAGCCAAGCUGGCGGCCACGCCGCGCCUCACGCCCAUCAAGGGCACGGCACCGGGACAGGCGCCCACAGCCGCCGGCGCACAGGAGAAGCGAACGCCCAGCAAGGGUCCUGCGGGUGGGGAUUCCCUCUCCACAGUGCCGCUGUCGGUCAUACGGCAGGCCAAGGUGCUGGACAUUGACUAUCUGCAGCGCAAGGGCGAGACCAUUGCCGACCUGGACGACAAGGAUGAGUCGGAGGAGCUGGACGAUGCCGAAAUGAUGCUGGACGAUGCCGAUCUGCCCGAGGACAUGGAGGAUGCCAUUGCCCGUAUGGUCGAGGAGGAGGAGCAGUUUAGUGCAGCGGCUGCCAGAGAGCUGCCCGGCCCCGAGGAGGUGCUGCGCACGACACCCGCCAAGGCCAAGGCCAGCAAAGUUGCUGCCCCUGCGGAGACGCCUCCCAUGCCUCCGACGCCCCAUGCAGCCGCCGCACCGCCGUCGUCGGGUCUGCAGGAGCCGCAUCGUAAGCGUCUGCCCAUGCCCACCAUGCAUCCGCCUCUGCUGCGGCAUCAGUUUCCGGGCCCUGGACAGCACGGACCACCGGCAUCGCUGCUGCCGCCGCCACAUGGCAUGCAUCCCAUGCUGCAGCGUCAGCUCUCGCAGUCCGUGCCGGCCAUGCAGCUGCUGCAGAAUGCGCUGUCGGCGCCACUCGGCCAGCCGCUGGGUCGCGGCAACUAUCCACAGCCACCUCCCACGGCCCAGCACUUGCCACUAGUCAUGUCCAUGCCCUCGGCUGCGGCCCACCUGAUGCACCAGGCCAGUGUGGCCACGCAACAGGCGGCAGUCCGUGCACCCGAGCCACAGGCGGCUGGACCUCCACCGCCGCCAGUCGACAGCAAGCCACGUGGACGCCGGAAAAAGGUGACGCCGCUGCGGGAUCAAUUGCAGAAGCAACAAACGGCAGCGGCCGUCACAGCAGCCUCGACCACACCUGGAACUCCAGCGCCACCCGUGGACAAGAUUAAGGGCGUGCCAGCGCAGCUGUUCAAGCCCCACGAAGAUGCCCCACCACCCACAACGGUUGCCGCCUCCUCGCAGGCGUCGGUAAUCACGCGAAUGCCCACGCAUCUCUCGGCGCAUCCGCAUGCACGUGGUCCACCCGCGGGCAUGUAUCCCAGCAGCGCGGAAUUUGCACGAUUCUAUGGCCAACCGCUGCCGCCGCCCACCUCCGCGCCUGGUUCGCGUUCACCAUCGUCUGGCGUGGGUCCAGCCGCGUCGCCGGGACCACCGCGUCACCUGCUGCGUCCACAAAUGCCGCCCGGCCUGCCGCCACCACACUCAGCGCUGCGUCCCACCUACGGACCGCCGCCGCCGCUGCGUGGAGCCCCACCACCCACAUCGACAGCGAGUAGCGGGGGGGCGCCGCCCAAUACGCGUCCCGCCUACAUGCACGGAGCCGAACAUCACGGUGGACCGCCACUGGGCAGUGUCUAUGGCACGGGACCGCCACCAGCGAGACAUGCAUCGCCACACUUGAAUCCCUACAGCCGCGGUCCGCCCAUUUAUGGCAAUCCCAAUUAUCAGCCACGCGUUGGACCACCCGGACCACCGCCUGGUAAUAUGCGACCCGGUGCCGUGGACUAUGUGGCAGGUGCACGCGGCUAUCCACCGUAUGGCUACUAUCCACCGCCGCCUCCGCUGACCACACCACCCGCCCAUGCAGCGCCCAGUUCGGUGAUUGUGAGUGCCCCGCCGCCUGUCACGCCCACAAAUCAUUCGGUGUCAGCGCUGACGCGUGGCAAAUCACCAGCUCCAGUGGCAGCAGCACCACCCGCGGAAGUUAUGGCACACAAGGCGCCCCCACAGCAGCAGCAGCACCAACAGCCACCACCGCCUUCGGUGAUAACGAGCAAAAAACUGACAACCCUGGAGGCCUAUCCGCCCAUAGCCAAGUCCCCAAUGACCGUGGGUGUGGCCGAGGCGGCAGCAGCGCGAGCUGUGGGCUCGCCAGCGGUCAUAGCAGAAGAGGACUCUGGCUCGGCGCACGACACCAGUGGACCACCGCCAGUGGCGACAGGUCCGGCGGUGGGCGAGUUCAGUGGCCUGGUGAGCUACUUUAGCUCCCAGCAGGAUGACUACGACACAUAACAAGCGCCGCUGGGUGCCUAAAACAACAACAACAACAAAAACGAAAAGGAUGUACAUAAAUGUAGACUGUAAGGAAAAGGAGACGAGGGUGAAGAGAGGCAGCCUAACCAUGUAGAACCUCUGCUUUAGGCCACUUAUUGGAAAUUGAAAAAAACCCAAAAACCUAAGCAAUAUAAAAGGUCAUCAAAUGUGCACGCGGAAGCAGAUUUAUUUGAAUUUUUAACUGGUAUGUUUCGUUUCGUUUCAUCCCUUUUUUUCUUGAAAAAUUCUGGUACAUUUAUCAGCCACAAAUAUAAUUUAUUUGCCCCUGCCCCUCGGCCUUGAACGCGGCGUUCAUUUACGUUCUGUGCUCUUAGAGUUUAUUAGCUAAACCCAUCAACUACGUCUAGUAUUUUACAUUUAGCUGUAUAUUAUUCAAAGCCACUAAGUUAAAUAAGAUACAUACCAUUACAGACUAUAAAAACAAAAAGAAAACAAGCUAAAAACAUGCUAAAUCAAUGCGACAAAAUCAUAGGCUAUAGAUGAAUAUAAAAAUAUAUGCGGAAUAUACAUAUGUAUACAUAUAUAUACCCUUAUGUAUAUGUCUAUGUGUAAUGUACAUGUUUAUGUAAACUGCAAUCUUUGUAAACUAAUUAUAGCAUACUGUUAAACCUAAUAACUAAACUAAUGAAAUGAUAUAAUUAAAUUUAACUUAAGCGUUCGAGAAAAAAUAGAACAAAAAUCAUCGGCAUGCAAAUGGUAUCCAGAAUCAAAGAAAAUGACGAGCGACAACAGAAGCGUGUAUUAAUUUAACAAAGCAACAAAUACAACUAUUUAUCAUUAGUUACAAAA